AACUUCUGCGCAACGCACAAAAUCUCGUCAAUUCAGGUCUCCCCAGUCCCCCACGGCAGCGCAACGAGACGCAUCCCAUUUUCACGCAACAGUUUUGCACCACAGAUUGCCCAGCAUGGCGCCGUCAUUUGACCAUUUGCGCGAGGAGGACCUCGACGAGGAGGACUUCGAUGUGGACGAGGUCGACAUCUCGGAUCUGCGAGAAAAAUAUGAGGUCCAGCUCGAGCAGGGCUACGACACCUUCGUUGUUAUCGACAACCUACCCACCGUUAACGAGGAUCAAAAGCCGAAGCUUAUCAAGGUGCUGCUGAAGAAGCUCAACACCGUGGGCCGGACCCGGGAGGACCUUAUUUAUAUGCCCAUGGGCGACGAUGGGAAGUCGUUGAGCUUCGCCUUUGUCGAAUUCUCCUCGCCUGCCGAGGCCGCCGCCGCCGUACGGCAACUCGAUUACUUCCCGCUUGACAAGAAGCACACCCUGCGCGUCAACAAGCUCACCGAUAUCGACCGGUAUGGGCGAGAAGGGCGCAUCGAUGAGGAGUACACCCCGCCGGAGAUUCCGCCAUUCGAGGAGAAGGAACACCUCCGGUCCUUCAUGGCGGACCCCAGCGGGCGGGGUAGAGAUCAGUUUGUCAUGUACAGAGGGGACACGGUGGGCGUCUUCUGGAACAACGAGAAGGAUCAGCCGGAGAACAUUGUCGACCGACAGCAGUGGACCGAGACCUUCGUUCAGUGGUCGCCUCUGGGAACAUAUCUCACCUCUGUCCAUGCGCAGGGUGUGCAACUCUGGGGUGGUGCGUCGUGGGCAAGGCUGAGACGGUUCCCUCAUCCCUUCGUCAACCUGGUUGCGUUCUCCCCCAACGAAAAGUAUCUGGUUACCUGGUCGAACCGGCCAAUCUCGAUCCCCGAAACUGGCCAUCCCGCCCUGACGCUCGACGAUGACGGCAAGAACUACGUGAUCUGGGACAUCGAUACCGCCAAACCUCUGCGAUCGUUUGCCCAGCAAGAUGUACAGGCCACUGAGGAGCAGCUUGCUGCCAAGAAGCCGCCCAGGGCCCCCUGGCCCGCGUUCAAGUGGUCUGCCGACGACAAGUACGUGGCCAGGCUGAACCAAGGCACUUCGAUUUCAGUUUACGAGCUGCCCAAGAUGAACCUCCUCGACAAGACAGCAAUCAAGCUCGAGGGCGUGAUGGAUUUCGAGUGGGCGCCCGCCAGCCCGCGCCGAGAUGGUGUCAAGGAGUAUGAGCAGCUCUUCUGCUUCUGGACGCCAGAAAUCGGCAGCAACCCGGCGAGAGUCGGCUUGAUGAGCAUCCCCUCUAAGCAGAUUGUCCGGUCCCUCAAUCUGUUCAGUGUCUCAGAUGCCAAGCUUCACUGGCAGUCCGACGCUUCGUACAUCUGCGUCAAGGUCGACCGGCACUCCAAGUCCAAGAAGUCUCUGGCUACCACACUCGAGAUUUUCCGCGUCAAGGAGAAGGGUGUCCCCGUCGAGGUGGUCGACACGAUCAAGGACACGGUCAUUAACUUUGCCUGGGAACCCAAAGGUGAUCGGUUUGUCAUCAUCACUACAACUGAGCCGGUGGGAGCCACCGCUGUACCGCCCAAGACAGCGGUUUCCUUCUUCUGUCCCGAAAAGGUCAAGGGUAACGCGGUCGGAAACUUCAAGCAUCUGCGGACGCUCGAGAAGAAGAACCACAAUGCCAUUUACUGGUCACCGAAGGGCAGAUUCGUCGUCCUCGCCACAAUCGCCAACACCCAGAGCUCGGACCUCGACUUCUUCGACCUCGACUUUGAGGGCGAGAAGCCGGAGGCGGAGAAGGACCUGACAGCGUGCCUGCAAGUCAUGAACACGGCCGACCACUACGGCGUAACCGACGUCGAGUGGGAUCCCUCGGGCCGCUACGUCGCCACCUGGGCGUCGGCGUGGAAGCAUUCUAUGGAGAAUGGCUACCACCUGUACGACUUCAGGGGCGAGCUGCUGCGCGAGGAGCCCAUCGAGAAGUUCAAGCAGUGGGCGUGGCGGCCCCGCCCACCCACGCUGCUCACCAAGGAGGAGCAGAAGCAGAUUCGCAAGAACCUCCGCGAGUACUCGCGCGUCUUCGAGCGCGAGGACGAGGAGCGCAUCAGCUCCGCCGAUGUCGCGGUCGUCGCGGCCCGCCGCCGCAUGCUCGAAGAGUUCUUCGCCUGGCGCGAGUCCCAGGAGGAGGAGCUCAUCGAUGAACGGGCCGCGCUCGGCCUGCCCGAGGAUCCGGUUGCCGAGCUGCUUGAGAAGACGAAGCCGGUUGAGGUCGCGGCCGAUGGCAGCGCCAAGGAGCAGAUUGUGGAGGAGGUCAUGGAGGAGGUGUUGGAGGAGACCGAGGAGAUUGUCAAUUAGGGUUUCUAUGCGUAAAGCUGAAGCUGGAGUAAGGAAGGGAAAUUUGACUUGUUCUGCUAUUUGGCUGUUUUUCUCGUGUCUCAUAUAUGCUGUACCAUGCCGGUUGCGCCGUCCCUUGAAUUUGGUAUCAAUGUCAUCAGGAGAACGGGUGGGCUGACUUAGAAUGGCGAAACGCCGGGACAAUCUGAUGUUGGGGUUUUCUUGGGCGGGAGUUCCAGCCUGGUCUGGUCAGCGGAAGGGCAAUAAAGGCACAGUUGGAAGAAUCACUACGACGAUUCAAGGUUAGUGGGUUCGUGGAAGCUUUAUUAGAGCAGGGUUGCAUGCCAGCGUCGCAUAGAUAAGUAUGUACAGCACCAUGUUUUUAAGGUACUAAAUAAUCGCUCAACGUCAAUGUGGUUCAAAACAACAGGCUUGGCCACCUUCGAACCGGGAGCGGAUUUUAUAUUACUCCCCUGUGCUGGAUACCUAUUUGAGGUCCACAGCAUAGAAAACCAAG